UUUAUUUUAGUGUGCAUCGACUCCGGAAUGCGUUCUCAUGUUCUAGUUGUCUUUCUGUCUUUCACGUUUGCAGAAUGAGUCCUUUCCUCUCCAGAUGUUUUCUGCUAUAAUGUUAAUUUAACCUUUGCCUGCGUAGGUACUUCAUUUUCUCUGGUUUCUCUUCCUUAAGCAAAUGAAAGCUCUCCGUGGUCUGCCUCUGUCACUCGAUCUUUCUUGUUCUCUACCUUCCUCUACCAUUGGUGGACGGCCCUCGCGCUUCCUCUGCCUCCUGUUCACAGUUAUGAUAUCAUGGCUCACCUCUCACUGUGAUGGAGCAUGCGAGAAGCCUUUCACUGGUGGGUUUUAUAGUUUGGGUUAUCCCUUUGGAUGGAAGAAUAGCGGCUGCGGUGAUCCCACACUUCAGCUAGACUGUGAUCCCUACUACGGUAUGCCUCUAAUUAAUAUCACUGGACACCAAUACUACAUACGACAGCCUCAGGUCUAUUCCAUGGACAAUUCGAGCCAAACCAUCACAAUAGUGGACCAAAAUCUAUGGGGAAAUUCAUGCGAUGUAUCCUCGAGUAGUAGCACAAUUGGGUUCUGGUCUAGCCCUCAAUUUCAUAUGUUAAAUUGCUACAAUAAUAUAACCCUAGGGGAACAGUGCGAAGAGGAGAAGUUGCCCAAUAAUGCAUCCAAAUUAAAGUGUAGUAAUGAUUGGUAUUACAUACCCAUUUUAAACUUGAGUUUGGUUGCGGAGUAUUGUAGAUCGUAUGUUCAGCUACCAGUGAAUAUCGACCCGAAACUAGCUCGAUCCACGAGUCUGGAAGAAAUUCUGCAGCAAGGGUUCGAAAUAGAAUGGAAUCUCAGUAAAGGUUGCGAGAAUUGCGUGUUAAGAAACGAUACCUGCCAUUAUAAUACUACAGCCAUGAUUCCAUUGUGCCAGAUGGAUGAUGCAAUCCUUAAUCAGAUCACAGGUAUCGGGGGCAGCGCACUGUUGUUAGUUAUGCUAUUGCUGGUAAUUGCUUAUCAAAAGAAGAUGUCGCCCUUGAACAGUCCAGCGGUUUUUAGAAGGAAGCGUGAUAACCCACCGUCCAUUUCCAACGUAGAGACGUUUCUACACAAUUAUGUUGAUCAGAUGCCAACCAGAUAUUCGUAUUCAAGCAUCAAGGAUAUUACCAACAAUUUUGCACAUAGAUUGGGUGAAGGAGGGUUUGGUGUCGUUUAUAAAGGAAGGCUUCCAAGCUGUCAUCUUGUGGCAAUUAAAAAGCUUGAUCAGUCAAGGCAAAGUGAGACUCAGUUCAUGAACGAAGUUGCAACCAUCGGAACGAUCCCUCACAUUCAUUUGGUUCGUCUGUUGGGGUAUUCCUUUGAAGGGCAUACAAGUGCACUCGUCUACGAGUACAUGGUUAAUGGAUCUCUUGACAGAUUUGUUCUGGAAGCAAAGAAGAAGGUCAAAUUCUAAAUUAGAAUCAACUGUAUUCAAUCGCUUUGGGGGCUGCUCGUGGAAUUGCGUAUCUUCACAAUGAGUGUUAAGCCGCAUCAUUCACUUCGACAUAAAACCGCACAAUAUAUUGUUGGACGAGGAGUUGCCAAAGUUACUGAUUUUGGUCUGGCCAAGCUGUGUGGAAGGAGAGACGGCCACGUAUCAAUGACGGCAGCGAGGGGGACACCAGGAUAUGUUGCGCCAGAGGUGUGGUCUAGAAAUUUGGGGCCCGUAUGAGGAAGAAAGAAUGUUGAUGUACAGGUAAGCCGUUCAAGCCAAUUCUACUUUCCAGACUGGGCAAUAAAAUUGGUGGGGAGAGGUGAACUGAAGACCAGGUUGAGGGAAAGAGAGUUGAGCGAUGCGGAGGAGGGCAAAGCAAGGAGUUCGACUAAAGUUGGUUUAUGGUGUAUUCUGUACGAUUCGACGGACAGACCGUCAAUGAUGAGGGUGCUUCACAUGUUGGAAGGAGAUGCCGAUGACAUCCCUAUUCCUCCGACUCCGAUUGACGCUCGCCCGCGACGUGCACCAUUUUCAGGUAGUGAGGAAUCGUCGUCCAUUGGAAUCGAAACGGCAUCAUAGAUUACACGUUUGGGGAAUUUCAUGGUGACGGAAUUUACCAGUCAAUAUUCAAAUAACUUGUUUCUGUUUUCCCAAUUUUCCCAUUUGUUUAUGGGACUUUGAAAUCAGCCCUGGCUUAAAAUUAGGCUGGUUCCUAAUGUUUUUGUUUUCCUUUGAUAGUUGCGCUAUUAGAGAGUGAUAUGCUUUCUUGUUUUUGCUCUUGAUAUGUU